UCCGGAUCAGAUUUGGUGGUUAACCUCACGGACAGAUGUUUUUUUGUUUGUUUCAAAUUCGGAUCGCGGAUUUCGAUUCGAUUGAAAGGCUUGAAGUGAUUGAAGCGGUUGAAGUAAGGAUUUUGGAAUGUAAAGUUUUACCAUUACUAAAAUAAGAAGAUCAUCACCUAGGAUUUGCGAGUGAUUGAAGGUACUACAGUAAACGCCUUGAUAAAGAAUUCAUUGCUCUGCUCUGUUUCACAUUAACGCUAUCUUUAAAAAUUACAAUGGGACAAACCGACGACGAAAACGGUCCUAUGCUAACAAUACCGGAAACUCCGUUGGAUGACGGUGAUGUGCUCAGUCAGAACAAUAAACGUUUCAAGUGCGACGUGUGUGGCAGGGCAUUUACCAGGAAGCAUGCCCUCUCUGAACACAAAAAAACGCACAAGGUUUCCACCAGAGCCAAAUGUGAAUUGUGCAGUAAGACAUUCGAGACCAUACAUACGCUUAAUUACCACAAACGCAAACAACACUCAACAAUCCAUUGUGAUAUUUGCGGUAAAACCUUUCUAUCGGCUUCCGGACUACGGAAGCACAGUGACCAAUGUAGCGGCCCAAAAAAACUUUCAUGCAAAACUUGCGGAAAAGUUUGCAAAAAUAUCACCGGUUUGAAGGAACAUCAAAUGAGCCAUUCAAAGGAACGACAGUUUGAAUGUGAUAUUUGCGGUAAAACGUUUAAAUUGAAGUCAUCAAUUAAAGCGCACAUCCUGAUACACACCGAAGGUACUGCAUGUGACGUAUGUGGCAAGGUGAUCAAAGUUCCUUCUUCCAUGAAGAGACACUACGCUAUGCACCGGGGAGAAAAGCCUUACCCUUGUAGCUUGUGCUCGAAGCAUUUCGUCGGUGCGUAUGAGCUAAAGUUGCACACCCGCACUCAUACCGGCGAAAAACCAUUCAAAUGUGAUAUCUGUGGCAAGCAAUUCCGUAUCCGGCGUCGCUUGACGAUACACACCUCAACGCACACCCAAUCUGAACCCUUUCGGUGCGAUGUCUGUGGAAAAGAAUUCCUGCACGAGAAAGGACUGCUGCAGCAUCGCAAACUGCACACCAACCCGCAGCAGUACGGGUGUGAGCUUUGCGAGCGAAUCUAUUCCGAUUACGACGCUCUGCUGCACCAUCGGCGCACGCACGCCGAGCCGUUUCACUGUGACAUCUGCGGUAAGAGCAUCCGCACGAAGGCCAACUUCACCCGCCACCGGGCGUUGCAUCUGGGUAGCGGUGAAUCGUUUCCCUGUGACCGGUGCAGUAAGGCGUUCAUUUGUAAGGUUUAUCUGCAGCGGCACCUGCGUACUCACGAGCGGCAAAAAACUCAAAACACGGACGGACUCUUGGAAUGAUCUGUC